AUGGAUUCACUCACAACUCAUCCUUCGAACGCUCAGCAGGCAAAAGCCUUCACUUCACCAGCAUCGCUUUCCUUCCCCGGAGGUGCCGGAGACUUGACUCCACCUUCUUCAGAGAAGGAAGGCAACUUGGCUGGGUUGAAUGGUCAGCAGCAGGGAGCAAAUGCCAACGGCAAUGGGGUGACACCCGCGACUCCAGCUGCGACUCCUGGUGCGAAUAAUGUGGGGAGUGGCAUUGUGCCUACUUUGCAAAACAUAGUGGCCACUGUCAACCUUGACUGUCGUUUGGAUCUGAAAACCAUUGCACUCCAUGCUCGAAAUGCGGAAUAUAACCCAAAGCGUUUCGCUGCCGUCAUCAUGCGUAUUCGUGAACCCAAAACUACUGCUCUCAUCUUCGCCUCGGGCAAGAUGGUCGUUACUGGUGCCAAGUCGGAAGAUGACUCUAAGCUUGCUUCCCGCAAAUACGCUCGUAUUAUCCAGAAGCUCGGUUUCAACGCCAAGUUCACGGACUUCAAGAUCCAGAACAUCGUCGGCUCGUGUGAUAUCAAAUUCCCCAUUCGCUUGGAAGGACUUGCUUCGCGCCAUCAUAACUUCAGCUCUUACGAGCCUGAGCUUUUCCCUGGUCUCAUCUAUCGUAUGAUGAAGCCUAAGAUCGUCCUUUUGAUCUUCGUCAGUGGCAAAAUCGUCCUCACCGGUGCUAAAGUCCGCGAAGAGAUAUACCAAGCUUUCGAGCUGAUCUACCCUGUGCUUUCUGACUUCCGCAAAACAUAA